AUAAGUUGUUCGAUCUAAUUUUCAUCCUGAGUUUCACACCAUAGAAAAUUGAUCAUAUGGAAGAGAUGAUUCCUUGAAAAGGCCGAAGGAAUUUCGAUAUUUGGUUCAAGAAAGUAAUAUUUGUCUUCCCCAUGGGCCAUGGGACAAUGUUUUUGACCAUUUCGGUUUUUGAAGUGGGCAAGACCAAACUCAAUUGGUAAAUUAAGAUAAAAAAAACAGAAUUAGGUAGCAAAACGAAAGGAGAGUCUGGGGCUGGUAAGCUGAGAGCCGAAUCUUCUAAUUCCAGCCGCACUACCCAAGUGGCGUCUUAUUCGGCUUAUUGAAUCUCAAGUUUAUCUUUUCCCGCUGGAGAUUCUAAUUUCUUUGGAACUUUGGUGCCCAUUGAAGUUCAAAAUUAUUGUCAGAGAAGCUACCAGAACUGAAAGUGUAACGACGUUGACUCUGAAAAUGGCGAUGGCAGGUUUGUAUAGACGAGUCCUCCCUUCUCCUCCCGCCGUCGACUUCUCCUCAGAUGAAGGAAAGAAGCUGUUCAUUGAGGCCAUUCAGGCCGGCACCAUGGAAGGGUUCUACAAGUUAAUCUCUAACUUCCAGACGCAGUUGGAGCCAGCAUAUUGUGGCUUAGCCACUCUCUCCAUGGUCUUAAAUGCCCUUUCCAUUGACCCCAAAAUAAGAUGGAGAGGUCCAUGGAGAUGGUUCGAUGAAUCUAUGCUAGACUGUUGUGAGCCUUUAGAAAAAGUAAAAGCCGAAGGCAUCUCGCUCGGGAAGGUUGCAUGUCUUGCGCAAUGUGCUGGAGCCGAAGUCCAAGCUUUUCGCACCAGCGAAACAACUCUGGAUCGGUUUCGUCAGCAUGUUCAAAGUUGUUCUGUUUCUGAUGGUUGUCAUCUCGUUUCCUCGUAUCACAGAGGCACUCUCAAACAGACCGGAACUGGUCAUUUUUCACCCAUCGGUGGAUAUCAUGCAGGACGUGACAUGGUACUGAUAUUGGACGUUGCAUGAUUCAAGUAUCCCCCUCACUGGGUUCCCCUUACAAUUCUUUGGGAAGCCAUGGAUACCACCGAUAAGCAAACAGGGCAAAAGAGAGGGUUCAUGAUGAUAUUGAGGCCUCGGAGGGAGCGGGGAUUGCUUUAUAACCUGAGCUGCAAGAACGAGAGUUGGAUUGGUAUUGCAAAGUACUUAAUGGAUGAUAUCCCCCGUCUCUUGAAGUCUGAACACGUUAAGGACAUCAGAAGACUUAUCGGUGUCAUAUGCGAAUCUCUUCCACCUGAUUUUGAAAAAUAUAUACACUGGAUUGUCGAAGUUCGGAGAGCAGAGGAUGCUGGGACCAAUAAAUGCAGGGAGGAAAAAGGAAGGCUCGAUGUUAUGGAUGAGGUGCUGAAGCAAGUUCAGGAGACCGAUCUCCACCAAGACGUGCUCGAGUUUUUAUUAUCAUCAAGUUGUUGCACUAGACUGCCUUCAUCUUUCAACGAAGAAGAAAACCUGCAGAAAUUUGUGUCCAGCAUCCGAUGCAAAUGUGCAGAGAUUCUGGCUGGGAACAUCGGUUGCUCAGGCUGCUCACAUUGUGGGGAGACAGAAAAUUGCACGAAGUGCAUAAGCGCUGAUGAUAACAAUAACAAUGCCACAACAGUUUUACGUGAAACAGUAGCGUAUGGCCAAAACGAGGAGAAGGUUGAAAUGCUCAUUCCUUUUUCUCAAGUGAAAGUGGAGCAUCGUGAUUCGAACGACUUGGGUGGCAACGCAUGCAUUAAGUUGCAGCCUGCAGGGAGCAAUAUUUUGACUGUGCUAUUGCUAGCGUUGCCUCCUGAGACGUGGUCUCGGGUUAAAAAUCCAGAGUUGCAGCAGGAGAUGUACGGGAUUUUUUCGACAGAGAAUCUUCCACCUCUGCUUCAAGAAGAGGUUUUGCAUUUACGCCGCCAGCUUUAUCUUCUGAAGAAGUGCCAGGAGAACAAUGUGGUUGAGGAUCUCUCCUCCCCGAGCGUGUAAUAAUACUCCGUCCAUUUCACUCCGUUGAGUAUAACUUCCCAUUAUCCUCAGUUCAAUGUUUCUCAAGCAUAUGGUAGCAACAUUAUUAAGUGGAAUCCCUUACGCAAGAAAUAGCCUCAUUCAGAGAGAAACUUAUGAAGCUUUAAAGCUUAAGAAGAUUGAGAGAGUGGAGUUGAAUUCUUUACUCUCUCAUGAAGUCUUUGUAUAAUUAUUUAGUAAAAACACUUCUGGUCAUGGAA